CACGCGAGCUGUACAAUUCAGCCUCCUUCGCAAGAAAUGAAAAUCAAGGAUGCCAAAAAACCAUCCUUCCCCUGGUUCGGCAUGGACAUCGGCGGGACGCUGGUGAAGCUGGUCUACUUCGAGCCCAUCGACAUCUCGGCAGAGGAGGAGCAGGAGGAGGUGGAGAGCCUGAAAAGUAUCCGCAAGUACCUGACCUCCAACGUGGCAUACGGCACGACGGGCAUCCGCGACACCCACCUGGAGCUCAAGGACCACACCCUGCUGGGGCGCCGUGGCAACCUGCACUUCAUCCGCUUCCCGACCCACGACCUGCCCACCUUCAUCCAGAUGGGCCACGACAAGAACUUCUCCACCCUUCACACCGUGCUCUGCGCCACCGGCGGAGGGGCCUACAAGUUUGAACAGGAGUUCCGCACGAUCGGAAACCUGCAUUUGCACAAAAAAGACGAGCUGGACUGCCUGGUGAAAGGGCUUCUCUACAUCAACUCCCCCCAUUUCAAUGGCCAAGCUGAGUGCUACUACUACGAGAACGCCAUGGAACCGGAGAAGUGCCGGAAGAUGCCUUAUAACCUGGAGGAUCCCUACCCCCUGCUGGUGGUCAACAUUGGCUCAGGGGUCAGCAUCCUGGCCGUGUACUCCAAAGACAACUACAAGAGGGUGUCUGGAACCAGUCUAGGAGGAGGGACUUUCUUGGGCCUGUGCAGCUUGCUGACAGGCUGUGACAGUUUUGACGAGGUCCUAGAGAUGGCUUCAAAGGGGGACAGCACCCACGCAGACAAGCUGGUAAAGGAUAUUUACGGCGGGAACUACGAACGGUUUGACCUGCCAGGAUGGGCUGUGGCUUCCAGCUUUGGAAACAUGAUCCACAAAGAGAAGCGAGAGGCCGUCAGUAAAGAGGACUUGGCAAGAGCUACCUUGGUAACCAUCACCAACAACAUUGGCUGGAUAGCAAAGAUGUCCGCUGUGAGCGAGAAAAUAGACCGAGUGGUCUUUGUGGGGAACUUCUUGCGUGUGAACACACUGUCGAUGAAGCUCCUGUCCGACGCACUGAAAUACUGGUCACAUGGGCAGCAGAAGGCGCUGUUCCUUGAACAUGAGGGCUACUUUGGGGCAGUGGGUGCCCUCCUGGGUCUGCUUGACGUCGAGUAGAGCCUUUGCCCCCUUGCAUAUCCGCUGCUUGGCUGCAUGGGGGCGGUGAGGUAGCCUCUGCCUGGUCCAACUGGAAACCCAAGGACUGCAAAAGAAGCUUUUAAAUAGGAAUUCGUGGAGGGACCGAGAGAGGACAGGUUUCCUGUAAUGUAUAUUGAGACUUUCGUUUAUUUGCAACAACAACAAAAAAAAUCAGUACAUAUCUGUAUUUUGUUUUUGGGUCCAAUUUGAUUAGAGGUCAGGUCUCUCUGCAACCUACUGUAGGGUGUCUAAGAGGCUUACUCUGAUGAAACCUGUCAGCCUCUUAGACACCCUACAGUAUAGGACAGCAGGGGAGGAAAAGGGAAAGAAAAUAUAUAUAUAUACUGUAUAUUAGCAAAAUGGUUAGGUUUGUACUUUGAGGUGAAACAUAUGAGAAACUCAAAUAGGCAAAUGUACACAACGCUUGUCUACUUGACUUUUUUUAUCUAUUUUAUUGAGUGAAGUCUGUAUUAUCCACAUGCAGAGAGAUUAAGAUGAACAUGUAUUUUCUUUUUAU